GUUACCACAUCGACAAGCUUCAAUAUGGCUACGCAGGAUCCAGUACAGCCAGGGACAGCUGCUGCCCCCAUUUUACUCGAUUUUCUCAGCUCAGUUCCCUAUCAGCUCACUUCCGCUCUCAUUCGUCUCGGUCCACAUAUAUCAGCCUUGAGGCAGCUUGCAGAGGUCACCAGCUGGUCAUCAUCCUGGUACGACAGCUGGCUUGCUAUUGCUGCCUGGUGGGCCUUCUGUUUGCUGCUUGAGCUCACUGUACAAUAUCUUCUUCCUGCAACCUUUCUGUUCGUGUAUUUUGUGUCUAAAUGGACAACACCGCGACGGACAUCCGGUUCUCCUCCAAUUACCGAACAAAAUCUUCAGGCAACGAUCACGGAUCUGGUCAUUCUACAGUCUCUCUUGCCAUCCAUUCCCUUCGAACUCAACGAGAGCUCUCUUUCUGUACUAGUCCGUGUAUGCGUCAUCUUGUACAUUCCUUACCUUGUCAUUACGCACUAUAUUUCUCUGCGCGUCCUCUUCGGUAUCGCGGGCACCAUAGUGCUUUCCUGGCGCGCUCCAUGGUCCCAAGCUCUACGCACAACACUCUGGAAAAGUGCAUGGUUCCGGUGGGGUGUCUACCGAGCAUGGUCCGGACUUUCCGGUCGACCGCUCCCUGUUCCCACAGUCAGCACCAGAGAUCUCACUAUCGAACACGAACGCAAUUCGGCUCGAUUUUUAUUCAUGGUUUACGAGAAUCAGCGAUGGUGGAUGGGGCUCGAUUGGACUGCUGCACUGCUCCCGAGCGAACGCCCGUCAUGGUGUUCUGCAUCCUUACAACCGGUUCCUCCGCCAAGCGCAAUGACCCUCCCCGGUGACAGCGUAGUCUAUGUAGGGGACGGCAAGGGCGGUCGGGAGAAGCGGACCGCUAAGUGGGCAUGGGAAGAGGCAGAAUGGAGAGUAUGUGUCCGGCGGGAGGGUUCAGCCGUCGUUAGAGUUGAGAAACCACUACCCGCUCCCAAAGGGGAAGGCCCAGGGGAGAGCCAGCUCGCCAAAGUGGAUGGUAAGAUGAGGGAAUCGCAGAACGCUAGUGGAUCCGGAGAGGAAGCACAGGAGGAUGACGAGCGCGACAAUACUGAUGAAGACCCUGAGACAGAUCCCGAUGGUUGGGUGUAUGGUGAUAAUAAGUGGGAAAAUCGUUCAGCAAAGGGCGGCAUUGGGAAGUAUACACGAUACAGACGUUGGACGCGCGUAGCAAUCGUUAACGAGACCGUCGAAGUUGUCGGGGCCGGCGAUUUCGGUAUAGAACGGCAAACUCGGCAGAGCAGCAUAAGUCAUUCCAGAGAAAGCAGCGUGGAUAAUGACAGAGGCAGCCCUCUACGGCAGAGAUUGAAAAAUGCUCUAAACAGGCAGUCAAUAUCUCCUUCAUCUUCAUCUUGAGUAUGGUGGAUCAGUAUUAUCUGGGUGUAUGUACAUUUAGUACUAGCUAAGACUAACAUUUUAAUUUCCUUGUGAGCGU